UGUAUGUUGAAGGAGGGGUCUGAGAUCCGGGCGCUCCGUUUGCUUUAAUCCCAAUGUGUUGAUAAGAGCAACAGAAGAUGAAGGCGAGCCGAAAAGCCCUUCUUCAGUGCCUGUUUUCAUAACAGACUGUUCAGAAACAUCUAGAGAAUGAGCAGUGAGUGGGCGGAGUCAUGAGCCAUAAGGAGGAGCCAGAUGAGGUGGGUCUGAGGGGUCCUCCUCCUCACCGCAGCAAGCAGCCAAAUGGGACUCCUCUCGAGGGAGGUCGACCAAGAUGGAGACCAUGCCAGCUGCACAAUCCGGAUGCAGAAAUCCAAGGCCACCGUCAUCACCAGCAUCACCAUGCCAACCAGCCUGGAACUAGCCGAGCUCCACCGCAUCACCGUAGGCGGCGUGUUCCCGGUCAAGCACAACGCAGGCGGACUGAGACCGGAGAUACAGAUCCAAAAGCUGGCCAACUGCCCAGACACCAUCGAAGUGGAGAAAGACUCCAUCAGCACAGAACUAGACAGCAGCACAGAGAAGAACAACAACAGGCAGUCAGCACUCCUACAACAGAUCAAACUUUAGAAACGUCUCCAGAGGAUUCCUCUCAAGAACUGCUGACUCCAUCUCCUCAGGCUGAACCGAUCACAGAUAAGCCCGAUGGAGACCAGGCUGAUUCCGUUGAAGCACAAACGGCUCAUUCAGAUGUAGAAGAGCCCUCAAAGGAACUGUCGGAGGAGAAAGAGCAACGGGAAAAAUCAAUGUUUGGCAAAAAGAAUGAAGAAGAAGAGGAUUACCCCAAAGAAACACCUGAACAGAGUGAACAGGUUUACGGUCCCUCAAAGAUUCCAGCUUUAAAAACUACCUUUCGUUCUGAAAGUAAAAGAACCAGCCCUCUCAGAGUAGAUGUUCCACCCUUCACCACAUCUCCUCAUCAAAUGAUAAACAAACCUCUUUUUCAGUCUCAACAAUCCUUUCCAGAGUCACUUCGCUCUUACAAUGCCGAGCCCAAGUCCAACCCCGCUUACUUUACCACUGGUUACACUCAGACAAACAAGGACACAGAAUGUAAUAAUAGUUAUCAUGAUGCAGACCACCAAGAUGAACUCUCGGACUCUAGUCAUGAGGCCUGCUCUGAUUCAUACCCACAACUAAGUCCUGAAUCACAUCUGGAGACUUCAUAUCAGACAGAAUCAUGCCAACACGACCUACCAGAUCCCAGUCCAGCAUCGGAGGAAGGUCAAAUCUUUGAGAGGAACCAAAGCACGUCCAUGGAUGAAUGCGACGAGCAGUGCAACCUUGAGGAAGACGUCAGUCAGCCUUGUUCGGUGGGCUCUAGGCUUCACCAUUACGAUGAACAGUCGGGAGAUGAAGCUGAACGCUCGCGGAGAGUCAGGAAGAGUUCAGUCAGUCUUUCACUGAAAGUUCAGGAGCAAACUGAAACGGUAAAACCCGACAAACCUUCCACUCCAACCCAGCAUCAACCACCGGAGUCUUUCAGACCUUCAGGAGAUGCUGUGUCUUUGGCCAUCAAGGAUAUUAGGGAAGCGAUUGAGGAGGUAAAAAUCAAGGCGGUGCGUUCGCCAUACACGCCCGACAAGCCCACAGAGCCAGUGUGGGUGAUGAGACGGGACGUGAGCCCCGUUGAUGACUUUCAGAUUCAACCUCAGUUUCAGUCAUAUCCACCGUCACCAUCUCAUCACUCGCAGUCUUCUCCGCAGAACACGUCUCCGAUUCAAGAUGUAGUACUGCCUGCGGGAGCAGAAUCCUCUGGAGUUCCAUAUCAGGAGGACCAGGAUAUAGACGUGAGUCCCAGUGUGCCAAGUGAAGAGACGAGGAGAAGUUUGGCCUCUUUCCCUACAUAUGUUGAUGUUCCUGGCCCAUGUGACCCUGAGGAUUUGAUUGACGGCAUAAUUUUUGCUGCAAACUACCUGGGUUCCACCCAGCUUCUGUCAGAACGAACGCCCACAAAGAGCGCACGCAUGCAGCAAGCCCAGGAGGCCAUGACUCGCGUCCGGCAAGCUACAGAGAGCGGGACGGCAUCCAGCACAGAGGUGGAUCUUUUUAUAUCCACGCAGAGGAUCAAAGUGCUCAGCGCUUACACACAGGACGCCAUGAUGGACCAUCCGCUGAGGACCAUCUCAUACAUAGCCGACAUCGGCAACAUGGUUGUGCUGAUGGCUCGAAAGAAGAUGAUUCGCUCUCAGAGCGCUCAGGAAAACCUGGACGCCGCCGACACCCAUCACACCAACCCGGCGCAAGACGACCAGAGGCAGUACAAGAUGAUCUGCCACGUUUUUGAAUCAGAAGACGCUCAGCUGAUCGCUCAGUCCAUUGGUCAGGCCUUCAGCGUCGCUUAUCAGGAGUUCCUGAGAGCCAACGGCAUUGACCCAGAGGACCUGAGCCAGAGAGAGUACAGCGAUCUGCUCAACACUCAGGACAUGUACAACGAUGACCUCAUUCACUUCUCCAAAUCGGAAAACUGCAAAGACGUGUACAUAGAGAAACAGAAAGGCGAGAUUCUGGGUGUGGUUAUCGUGGAGUCCGGCUGGGGCUCUAUUCUUCCCACGGUUAUCAUUGCCAGCCUGAUGCACGCUGGACCUGCUGCCAAGUCUGGAAGACUCAACAUCGGAGAUCAGAUCAUGACUGUUAACGGCACCAGUCUGGUCGGACUCCCGCUCUCCACGUGUCAGAGUAUCAUUAAAGGUCUAAAAGCUCAAUCCAGAAUUAAAUUGAACAUCGUCAGGUGUCCCCCCGUAACCAUGGUUCUGAUACGUAGACCAGAUCUGCGCUAUCAACUGGGCUUCAGUGUGCAGAAUGGCAUUAUUUGUAGUCUCAUGCGAGGGGGGAUCGCAGAGAGGGGUGGGGUCCGGGUAGGGCAUCGCAUCAUCGAGAUUAACGGUCAGAGCGUAGUGGCAACACCCCAUGAGAAAAUUGUUCAUAUUCUGUCAAAUGCUGUGGGAGAGAUCCAUAUGAAGACAAUGCCUGCAGCUAUGUAUCGACUGCUCACUGCCCAGGAACAACCCGUCUACAUCUAAACCUCGGCAGGGCUACAAGAUCACCUUCACAUAUGCUUAUUCACUCUCUAUAUUUAUUUCAAGAUUAAUAUAACUGUUUACACAUUUAUUUAACUGGAUGUAUUUAUUCUAUUAGUAUAGAAACCAAACGAUUCCACAAGCAUUUGACUUGCCUUAACCUCUGUGGGUCUAAACAGAUUUUUGUUAGCUCACAAUUUAUCCACUGGGAUUAGUUCAAUGUGUUCAUCCAAGUACCAAAGAUAAAUGAAUGAUAAUCGAUCAUGUGCACAACACACUACUGGACCUAAAAAGCUACCACACAGAGCUGAAUGGCAGUGAGCACAGAGUAAUGGUAUAAAUGUCUGUAUUUUGCUGUGAACCGAUGCAUCUAUAAAUAUACAGUAAUUAAAUAAGUCAAAUUUAUUUUGUCAUUUUGAAUAGUACUUUCCAUAUAUUUUAUUUUUAAAACCACAACUUGGGUGUUCCCUUAUGGACACGGGAUGAUCGCAAAGAGCUAUAUCACAAAUGACAUUUCUAAAGCAUUUUGCACAUUUCUCAUGGCGUCAGCAUUAUAUAAUACAUUCAAGCGGAUCCAAAAUUUUGAAUCUGUAAUAAUAGAUACAAAUGAAAAAUUACCCAUCAAGUUAUUUAUUUUCAUUUAAGUCAUCGUGCAAAUAAAAAUGAUAAUACUCAU